AUCGAUUUCUCAAAUCAUCCGUGUUGUCACGGACAAAGCUGUACAAAGAGCGUUCAAUUGAAUGCUCAUGUAUGUCCAUAUCAGACAUACAUAUCUUUUGUUCAUGCUUUGCAUAGCAUGUAGAGGACUUGCAGUAGGCCUAGCAGACCUAGUUUGGUUGGCUUUAUGGCCGUUUCAGGCUUAUAAAUGUUGGUUGUGUGUAGUCGUCACAUAGAGGCAUAACUGCCUAGAAACAGGCUAUCCAGGCAGUCAUUUUGGAGAUUUUCUAACUCUGUAGAGUAGUGCAGAGUGUUAGCCAAUACAACACCCAAGAGCUACCUAGAUAGCACAUGGUUGAAUGGGCCUUUGGGGUAUUGUCUAGAGCUGGUUCGCUGUCUUGUUCCAUAGUAGUGUCAUGUGGGUACUUGUGAGGGCUUUGGUCUGUGGUGGACCACCUUGGACCCUUUGUCGCAUGACCGUUCAUAGCUUGCGAAGUCCAUGUUUAUAAUUUGUAAUUUGUAUUGUCUAUCAAGUACUUGCUGAAAUGGUUGUUUGUGGAUCCCGAGUUAAACAAGUUCUCUAAUCCGUCUUCUCUGUUGUAAAUUCUUAAGGGACCACAAGAGGUUUCGGGAAGGCUGACCUUUUGCGGAUAGAUAUGUAAGGGUGCUGCACGACUUAAGCAAAGUCAGCUAAGUCCGUGAUAGUGUGAUGAUUCACGAUGAGUAACCAUGCUCUUCUAUUGGAUCUCAUGUUCAUUUGUUUGCAAAUGACAAUUGACUAAAUGAUUUGCUGUAUUUUGUGUACAAGUAAAUUUUAUUUCAACAUCUCUUAGCAGAAGCCAUUAUCUUGUUGAAUUAUGUCAUUGUUGUCAGUUCAGGUUUGAAGUUUUGGGCCUUCAUGCAUUUGAUAGUGACCGAAAGAGAAUGUCAGCUGUAAUUUGCUGCCCUGACAAUUCCGUAAAACUAUUUGUUAAAGGUGCAGACAGUGCAAUGUUCAGCAUUCUUGAUAGAUCCUUUGAUUUGGAGAUAGUACGUGCAACUGAGAUGCAUCUUCACGCCUACUCUUCUUUGGGUCUAAGAACUUUGGUAAUUGGUAUGCGGGAUUUGAGUGGCAGAGAAUUUGAGAACUGGAAGGCUUGUUAUAAUAUAGCAAGCACAUCAUUAUCUGGAAGGGAAGACCUACUUGGUGACAUUGCAAGCCAGGUAGAGUCUGAUCUCAGAAUCUUGGGGGCUACUGGAAUUGAAGAUAAACUGCAGCAAGGUGUGCCUGAGGCCAUAGAGUCUCUAAGAAAAGCUGGAAUGAGGGUUUGGGUUCUAACAGGGGAUAAACGAGAAACUGCUAUAUCUAUUGGGUAUUCAUGUAAGCUUAUAUCCAACAAUAUGAGCCAAAUCAUAAUAAACAGCCAUUCCAAGGAAUCCUGUAAACAGAGUCUUGAAGAUGCCAUUACCAUGUGUGAAAAACUGACAAUUUCAAGAACACAGACUGAUGGAGGGAGCACUGGUUCUGCUACAGUUCCUGUGGCCUUAAUUAUUGAUGGCCCUACAUUGGUUCAUAUUCUUGAAACUGAAUUAGAAGAUGGGCUAUACAGAGUAGCCACUACAUGCGAUGUGGUCUUGUGUUGCCGAGUGGCUCCAUUGCAAAAGGCUGGAAUAGUCGCGCUUAUAAAGAAGAGAACAAACGACAUGACUCUUUCUAUUGGUGAUGGUGCAAAUGAUGUCUCAAUGAUACAAAUGGCUGAUGUUGGCAUUGGCAUCAGCGGCCAGGAGGGCCGACAAGCAGUUAUGGCAUCAGAUUUUGCCAUAGGACAGUUCAGAUUUUUGGUUCCGCUUUUACUCGUACAUGGUCACUGGAAUUACCAACGCAUAGGUUACAUGAUUAUUUACAACUUUUACAGGAAUUCUGUGGUUGUAUUCUUGAUUUUCUGGUACACAUUUUUCUCAGCAUUCAGUUUGAUAAGCCCUAUAACUGAUGCCAGUGGGUUUCUAUAUUCAGCUGUUUAUACUGCACUUCCGACUGUAAUCGUUGGAAUAUAUGAUCAGGAUUUGAGCCAUGGGACUCUGCUAAGUUACCCCCAACUCUACGGACCUGGGCUUAGAGAUGAACGUUACAACCGAAAGUUGUUUGUUCUGAUUAUGUUGGAUUCCGUUUGGCAGAGCCUAGUUACCGCCUUUGUUCCUUUUCUCUUUUAUUCAGGGACAUUAGAUGACUCCAGCUUAGGAGAUAUAUGGAUUGUUUCAGUUGUCCUGUUGGUGAACAUACAUUUGGCCAUGGAUGUGUUCAGUUGGAACUGGAUUCUACUUGUGACUUUGUGGGGUGUCACAGCUAUAGCAAUGGGUUGUAUAGUGGCAAUAGAUGCCUCACCUUCAAUGCCUGGUUACUGGGCCAUCAAUAAUCUAAUGGCUACCAAAUUAUUUUGGCUCUGCUUACUCUGCAUCUUGGUGUUGGCAUUGCUUCCGCGUUUUGUGGUUAAGGCGUUUGCUUCAUACGUAAAACCUGACGAUGUACAAAUCGUUAGGGAAAUCGAGAAGGUUGCUAAGCGAAAACAUGACGGAGCCCUAGAAGCUCUAUUGAGGUCCUCUUCAGAUCAUCAGCAGCCGAAUUCAUGAUUUUUAUUUUGUCCUUUCGGGUAUUCCCUAACUUUUUUUUUUUGUUACUUUGUAUAUUGAUAUAGAUUUAUUUUGGCUGUUAGAUUCUUUGUGAAGUUUGUUUACAUACAUCUAUCUGGGUGAUUUUAUCCCUUUACAUCUAAAUAGAAUAUUCUGUUCUUGAAAGGUCAAACUGUCCCUUUUUCCCUAAAUGAAAUAAUACCAGUAUUUUAUGCCAAA